AGGUAAGCUUUAGUGCCAACCGCCAAACCUACCAACCUUGCAAUUGACUUCCUUGUCGCCCGCAGAGCACAGAUGCAUCCCUAGCAUCGCCUUAAUCCCUUCAGGUCGCGUUCGAGCAGGCGGGGUAUCUCGUUUCCUUUGUGCGUCGCGUGCGUUCGAUUCCUUGGUUCGCCCUUCUCUGGUUUCCGUUCGCUGCCAGUUGCAGCAAUGUCGGUUCGCGUCGUCGCGAGGAUACGUCCGCUCCUGGAAAAGGAGCUCGACAAGGACGUGAUUGUGCGUGCCGAUGGCGUGGAGCCUGGCAAGCACAGCACAGUCGUCAAGAUCCCGAACCCGAAGAACGAGGCCGAGGAGUUUUCCUUUGCCUUCAACGGCGUCUACGAUCAGGCCACGUCCCAGGAGGCCCUGUUCACCGCCGAAGGUAGCCCGGCUCCGUUCCAUGGUACAGCUCUGUCGAGCUUCUUCCCGAGGCUAAUCACGCGUCGCUCAGUUCAACCGCUUCUGAAGCCGCUGUUCCAGGGCUACGAUGUCACCAUAUUCGCGUACGGCGUCACCGGCACCGGCAAGACGCACACGAUGCGCGGCGGCCUGAAGCUAGCGGACCGAGGGGUGAUACCCCGGCUGCUAAGCGGCGUCUUCCGCCGGGGCAAGAAGAUCAUGAAGGAUACCGAGGGCGACACGACGGUCCGCGUCACCCUGUCGUACUACGAGAUCUACAACGACAAGGUGUACGACCUCCUCGAGCCCCCCGAGAAGCGAACGCCGUCGGGACUACCCCUGCGCGCCGAGGCCAACGGCAGGACCGUCGUCGCCGGCCUGUCGGAGCGAGCAUGCGGGGACCUCAAGGACUUCGAAAAGAUGUACAUUGAGGCGAACAACAACCGCGUCACGGCCGCGACCAAGCUCAACGCACACAGCAGCCGCAGCCACGCCAUCCUACGCGUCAAGCUCACCCAGACGACGGGCGCGACGGUGCGCGAGAGCACCGCGUCCGCCAUCGAUCUGGCGGGCUCCGAAGACAACCGCCGCACUGACAAUGAUAAGGAGAGGCUGGUCGAGUCGGCUGCCAUCAACAAGAGCCUCUUUGUCCUCAGCCAGUGCAUCGAUGCCAUUGGGAGGGGCGACAAGCGCAUACCCUACCGCGAGUCCAAGAUGACGCGCAUCCUCUCGCUCGGCCAGAACAAGGGCAUCACCGUCAUGAUCCUAAACCUAGCGCCACUGCGCAGCUACCACCUGGACACCCUGAGCAGCCUCAACGUCAGCUCCCGGGCGAAGCGCAUCGAGGUGCGCGAGAUUGAGAACGAGGUCGUGUUCAAGCAAGUUCCUAGGACGAACUCGGGCUCCGGCACGACCACGGCACGGCAACCUCUGCGGCCCCUCGCGAAUGCGCACAACGUGCACAGCGGCAACGUUGCUGCCAAGGCUGCUGCUGUCGACUCGUCAAAGCCCGUCAAGGCGUUCAGCGUGUACACGGACAAGGUGAAGCCGUCGGCCAUAGCGCGGCCCACGGUCGCCACGAGCCUCGUGCCGCGUCGAAGCUCGCACAAGCGCCCGUCUGACCACGAGGUCGUUGCGCGGCCGACCAAGAUUGCCAAGCCGGCAGGCGAAGAAUCGGUCACAGUGUCCGCCGCGCAGAUCGAAGCCAUGGUCGAGAAGAAGGUCAGCGAGAUCCUGGCGGCGAGGACGGCCGCCGAAAAAGCCAACGCGCCGCCACCCGCCCCCGUCCAGGCCGACCUCAGCGACGCCGUGCAAAGACGCCUCGACGCUCUCGAAAGGCGCAUCGAGAGCGAGGACUGGCGCGAGGACUCCAAGUCGGACGGCCUGCGCUACCUAUUGGCGGCCAGGCAGCACAAGGAGAGGGGCGAGGAGGCGGCCGCGCUCAAGGCGUACGAGAUGGCGCUCCCGUACUUUCCCGGCCAGGCCAAGCUGCUGGGCAAGAUUGAGCGCCUUCGAGUCCGCCUGGGAGUAUCAGGCGCCCCGGCGCUCGACCACCGAAGCCCGCCCAAUUCGGCGAAGAAGAGGCAGAGACGCCGCGUUCUCGCCGACGACGAUGGCGACUACCACGACGCCGACGCUGACGUCGAGGAGGGGGCCCUCACAGGCGCGGCCAAGAGCAAGCCACGCAGGAGUCGGGUCGCGUCGUCCAAGCCCGCCAUGUAUCACGACGACGAGCACUCGGGGCCCCCGUCGCCGCGCACGUCGCAGCUGCUGGAGGUGGUCAACUCGCGCGACCUGACGCAGAUACGAGGCCUCGUCGGCUUCGGGGCCAAGAGGGCGCGCGACUUGGUCGACUACCUGGAGCUGGCGGCCAUGGAGGACGAGGCGGGCGCGCGCAUCGAAAGCCUGACGCAGCUGCGGGCUCUUCCCGGCAUGGGCGGACGGACCGUAGAGCGGGCCUACGAGGGCCUCAUGAUGGCGUAGAAGCAUUCAUGUCUUUGAUGUUUGUCUUUGCAUCGCAUCGCAUGAUAGACCCGGCAUGGGAAGGGGAGAAACUGCAUGAGGCGGAUGGGGAGGAGGAGGAGGUGCAUAUCUUUUUGUUUUCUUCUGGCUCUUGGGUGGUGCCGAUGCGGGAGCGGAGAGUGAGGCGUCUUGGGCGUUCUGGAGGUGUCGCAGCGCCGAGGUCCACGGCGCGCGGCGGCAUGCUCGUUUUUUUUCUUCAUCCCGGCUGUAAGCUUCAAGGUAGGGCAUGACGCUGUUUCGUGCACCGUCGACACGGGUGGGUG